AUGAUAGGGAGAACUUCCAUGCUCUUGGAAGGCAAUCUACAAUUGAAAGCACUUGGAUACAAUGGGGAUCUCUCCAAAGCUCGGUCAUUUUUCGACUCCAUGCCAGAAAGAAACAUUGUGUCCUGGACAACAAUGCUCGCUCUUUUCUCCACGCACGCCACAGUCUCAGAGGCUUGGCACCUCUUCAACGCCAUGCCCCUACACGACUUGGUUUCUAGGAAUAUCAUGCUAGCAGCAUAUGCCUUCAAUGGGCAUCUUAAAGAGGCCAGAUCCUUCUUCGGCUCAAUGCCUUGCUGGGACGUUGUUUCCUGGAAUUCCAUGCUAUCAGGAAUAAUCAAACAUGGCAGCCUUAAUGACGCACUGCAAUGGUUUGGAAUCAUGACUGUGAGAAACCUCGUCUCUACAAAUGCUCUUCUCAACGCAUUUUCCCAGGCGGGCCAUUUCGCGGAAGCAAAGAACCUCUACUCAACCAUGCCGGAGCACGACAUAGUGUCGCACAAUGCCAUGCUGGCAGCGUACGGUCACACUGGUGACGUGGAGGAGGCACGUUGCGUUUUCUAUACAAUGUCGUACUGUGACUUGGCAACGUGGACAAUCCUUCUCUCACUGUAUGCCCAGAACGGGCACCUUGUGGAAGCGAAGUGCAUGUUUGAUUCCAUGCCCCAGCAGGACAUAGUUUCUACCACAGCCAUGAUGGCGGCAUAUGCCCAAAACGGGCAUCUAAAAGAUGCCGUGGAUAUCUUUAAUGGAAUGCACUACCUUACGCUAGUGUCUUGGAACUCCAUGCUAGACGGAUAUGCCCAGAACGGGUAUCUAAAGGAAGCCAAGAUUCUCUUUCAAAUAAUGCCGAUGAGAAAUCUUGUGUCCUGGAAUGUGAUGUUGGCUGCUCAUGCUGGGAACUUGGACGAUUCCACAAGAUUCUUUGGAGGAAUGCAAGCUAGAGACACUGUCUCCUGGAACGUAUUAAUGGCAGCGAAUACUUACAAUGGGCACUUUGUAGAGGCUAUAUCCCUACAUAUGGAGAUGAAGAUGGAAGGCUGUGACCCAGAUGAUGCAACAUUCAUCAGCUUGUUUUUUUCUUGCAGCCACCUUGGUGACGUAAUUUGUGGUCUAAACUACUUUGCGUCAAUGCUCAUAGAUUAUAAUUUCCAUGCCACCAAGCAACACUACCACUGUAUGGUGGAUUUGUUAGCUCGUUCGGGUUUCUUGCAUGAAGCUUGCACUAUGAUUGAAGAGAUGCCUUUUAAGCCAAUUGCAGAUGACUGGAUUUGCUUGCUUGGUUCAUGUAGGAGUUAUAACGUACCAGAGCUAGGAGUUUACUCUGGAAUACGUGGGAUUGAGCUUAAUGUUGACAGGUCUGCACUUUACCUCUUAUUGAUAGAUGUUGUUUAA